AAUCUUUAAUGACCUUAAUUGCAACUGAUUCAUCCAUUCCGAACGACGUUUCAUAUGAUGCUUUAUACACUACAGAAAAUCCACCUCUACCUACUUCUUCUAUGUUUCUAAAGUUAUCAUAUUCUAUCCAUCGGAAAUAG